AAUCUUCUCACCCUCAUUCACACAAAUAUGACGGCUAGCACGAUGAAUGCUGCUGAUAACAGCUCAACGGCAUUGGGAUCCACAAUAUUUGCUAGACUACAUCCAACAACCUAUCUAGCCCGCUUUUUGGAUAAUGCAAUACGACCUGAUGGAAGAUCUUUUGAAGCAUUUCGCGAUGUAAGUGUGGGUGUAUCUACAAUUGAAACAGCACAAGGGAGCGCUAUCGUUCGAUAUGGCAAUUCAACAAUAAUAGCAGGCGUAAAGGGAGAAUUCAUAGAUAUUUCAGAUAUCCAACAAACGGCUGACGUCGAUGAAGGAGACGAGGACGAUAUGCAAAUAGACACAAACAAAUUGAUAGGAUUGGGUCCGAUCGAUAAACGAAGUCUGGUGGUCGGAGUGGAUUUGACUCCUAUGUCAAGUGCAAAGUUUAAAUCGGGACCACCGGGAGAAGAAGCACAAGUGUUGGCAAGCCGUCUGAUGCGAUCAUUUGACGUAUGUCCUCCAUUCUCUGCUGAUUCACUCAACAUUCAAGGAACAUCAUUACGAUGGUGUUUAUUUGUAGAUCUGGUAUGCCUUUCGUAUGAUGGAAACUUGCUAGACGCCUGCACUCUGGCUGUCAAUGCUGCAUUGAACGAUACAAAGCUACCCAACACUCAAUCCGAUGACCAUGGCCUUGUAUGCUCUUCAGUAGAAUCAGAAACAAAGCCUCUGUCGCUACUCUCAUCUCCACAAACAUUUACAUUCGGAAUUGUUGAAGGCACACAUUUAUUGUCCGACCCAAACGCAUUCGAAUCGACGAUGAUUUCGGCUUCUAUCACCAUCACACUAGAUACGAUGAAGCUAGAUACGGAGGAAGAUAUGGUCGGCGUUCAAUGUUCUGGACGUUGUUCUGCAUUGAUCACAACAGAAGAAGCACGUCAAGCCGAAGCAAAGGGACGCAAACAAGGGGCAGCAAACAAGCUGCGCAUACAAGACGAAGAACUCGUCAAAAUCUGUUUGAUGCGGGCAAGAAGACAUUGUGCUCAAGUCAAGCAAGCAAUGCAAAACGCUCAAAGAUAAACACUGUACUUUUUUCCAAUCAUGCUGCUGUGAUUUUCCAUUUAAUUGCAAUAUUGUACACUACGACAUAUGAAAAAGAGAGAUUGAUUACAGGGCCCUAGUCCCGCAAUAGAGCAUUGACGAUAUGCUUGACUCGUAAUUGUUUCAAGUCUGUAUACGUUUGACCAACGCCGACAAAGUAGAUUGGCAAGCCAGUCACGCUUGUGGCCGUCAAAGAGGUACCGACUUUAUCAUCAAUCGUAUCGAACUUUGUCAACAGCAUUCCAUCUAAACCUC